AAGCUGAGGGUACCAACACUAGCUUACACCAGGGCACGGGGAGACACCAUGGAAACUUGGGAGAAUCUUAGAGGGAAAUAUGAUGAGAUAUGUUGCAAGGGAGUACUGAAAUGCAGUGAAGUUAGAACAAGUAGAGAACAUUAACUGGAACUUUUCAAGCCAAGAUCCAGAUUAAAUGUAAGGAAACACACCUUUCCAUGUUGGGUAGUAAAUUCUUGGAACCUUUUGCCUAAGUGGGUAGUUUCAGCAACUUCCGUAAAGAAAUUUGAGGCAAAAUUAGACAAAUUCUGGGCAAAUCAAAAUUUAUAUUAUGAUUAUAAAGCACAUGAGAUCCACCACACACUACCAAGAUACGGAAAUGAAGAUCUGGAGCCACAGGCUCUUCCAGGAAGGCAACUGUAGGAACUCAACACGAUGUGGGGGAUACGCAAUCUCCGCAGGAAGGCCUUUGUGGUGGUGCUGGUGGUGGUGGGGCUGAUCCUGCUGGACCAGAUCUACCUACACGUGUGGCUGUCCUCCCCCUCCACCCAGUUCCAGCGGUCACUCCACCUGGAUGACGUGAGGCAGCUGCUGAGGGCCGGCCAGGACGCCUCUGUCACCACCAUCCUCUUUGACCCAGUGAUUCUUGAUGCCUGGAACCGUAACUCUCACGUAGAGGUUCCUGGUGUGUGUAUCUUCCUGUGUCAUGUGGUGGGUCCCCUCACCUUCGCCAUCACAGCUGCACAGCUCAGGGACAAGCCCAUGUUCCUGUCACGCCUCGCUCAGCUUGGCUUCACUGUCACCAUCUUUGAAAGCUCUGAGGGGCAUCGUUCUCACGUCUUCCUGAUGCGACAAGGCUCUCCGCUCCACCUUGUCGUACUCCACAUGAAGCCUACAGACAAUAUGAUGUCCGAUGGUUACCUGCGGCAGUACGCCCUGGAGGGACCACCGCAUAACGUGGCGCAGGUCAAGCAGUACAUCACCAAGGACUCCUGGAACCAGAUGAAGCUUGACAGAGCCUAUGAAAGGUUUAGCACAAAGGAUAGGAAGAUUGACGGGGUGGACCUCACAGUGCCGAGCCAUGUCGAUUCCUUCCUCACAGACCAUCGUAACUCACACUUCCUGCCGUGCAAUGAGUCGCGGGCCGGUUACUACAACCUCAAGUACCUCAAGAAUGAGUCCCCUGAGGAUACAAGAUUCAAGCACAAGGCAUGGAAGCUGAUAGGGAAGGCCAAAGUUCUCCUGGACCAGCUCAACAUUCCAUUUUGGCUUAGCAGUGGAACGUGUCUUGGGUUCUACCGACAGUGUGACAUCAUCGCCUGGAGCAAGGACGUUGACCUUGGCAUCUUCAUUGAAGAUUACAAGCCGGCCAUCAUCACAGAGUUUGAGAAGCGAGGACUCAAACUCAUAGCAAAGUUUGGCAAGGAGUCGGACAGCCUUGAGCUUUCCUUCAAGGAGGACGAGGUGAAGCUGGACUUGUUUUUCUUCUACACAGAAGGAGCAACAAUCUGGAAUGGAGGGACCCAAGCUAGGACUGGGAAGAAGUACAAGUAUGUCUUCCCAGCCUUCACACUGUGCUGGACUGAGUUUCUGGAGCUGAAGGUGCGAGUGCCGUGCCAGACUGAGGAGUAUAUUCGUGCCAACUAUGGGCCAGGCUGGUUCACUCCCAUCACCAGCUGGGACUGGAAGACCUCCCCGCCAAAUGCCAGGGAAAACGGAGUCUGGCCUGAGGCUGAACGCUCUGAGGUCAUUGUGCUGAAGGAUGUGUAGGUGUGUGGGUCAGCUGUGAUGAUCAGGUGGUCACACUGAGUACAGCAGGGCAGCUUUGACACACAGGUGUGUGGGUCAGCUGUGAUGAUCAGGUGGUCACACUGAGUACAGGGGGGCAACUUUGACACAUAGGUGUGUGGGUCAGGUGUGAUGAUCAAGAUGGUCACUGAUGCGUCUCUGAGCAUAGGGAGGCAACUUUUUAAAUACUCGAAGGUUGAGCGCUCCAAUUUUUUUUCUGGCCAAGGGCAACAAAAGAAAAACAGCCCUCUGAGGUUCCAGUCCCAAAACAAAGGUCAAAAGGAUCAUCCAAAAUUGGAGAAUAAGUGUCUUGUACUCGCUCUCUUGAAAGAGUUAAUGUUAUAGGAAGCAGGCAGGGAGUUCCAGAGUUCACCAGAAAAGGGGAUGAAUGACUGAGAAUUCUGGUGAUCUCUUGCAUUACAGAGAUGGGUCUGGUGUGCUGUGGCUCGUUGAGGAAGUGACACAAUGCACCUCUGAGAACAGUGAGGCAGCUUCCCUAAUGUUCAGAAGUGUGUCAUUUUGACCUUAGUGUAUGAUACACACAAGUUACUUGCACUCGUACUAAAUUCUUCACUCCAUCCCCCUUUUCCUACAAUUAGAAUAGUUGUGUGUGUGUUCUCAAAAAUCUCCAAUUGUUACAUUAAAAUGUUGGGUUUUUAACUCUAAUGUGCUGUGGACCACUCCUUUACUCCACUCUACCUCCUUUUGUUUUUCUUUUACUUUAUAGUAGUCAAGCUUAGCACAAAACCAAGUAUGCUGACUUAGUCAACUUGAAGCUAGUAAUAGCUCAUUACAAUGCCUGUUACACACCAGUAUUGUAUGUUAUCAUUGUAUAUAUUUUGACAGAUGAGUGUGAUCAUUUGUAAGGUUGUAAGAUAUGACACAAAGACUAUUGAUAAUUAAUAAAGUGUUCUACUUUGGGGACAAAAGAGACACGAGUGAAAUUGUGUUGUUACUCGGCUGGUGUGGGCAAGGCAGUGGCCACAGCAGGGAGGUGUGGAAGUGUUGGCAGGUCACACAGGGUGAGUCUGGCAGCCACUGUGGUGUUACAAAGCACCCUUAAUUGACAUUAUUCAUAAGCUUUACAUUUUGCUAGUCUGGUUCAUUUUAUUACUGUGAUAAACUGAUGGUUUGUCGAGGAUGAGAAAGACUUCAGAACUUUAGCAUUCUUGUGUACAGUAAAUGUGUAUUUGGUAUCUUUACCCAAAACAUACCAGACACAAGCCAGACACAGACACUCAACUGUCUUUACCUUGGCUGCCGUCACGAGAACAGUCUGUGUCUUACUGAAUGUUUUGUGUGAGCUUUUUAAAAAACACUUCUGAGUUGUGACUUUUCGCCAUCACUAUUAACAACACACCUUUGUGAUUGAAGAGUGUAUGUGAAUCUCAAGAUGCAUGCUGUACACUUCCAGUAUUUCCAUGACUUUUUAUUAAUUUUAUCUUUAGUAUUUUUGGUGUGCUUCCCCAUUUUCUACUUGCUUCAUAUGACAGAAUUUUCAAAAUGGCUGAGUCAACAUGUAUGAAGAGUGCUAUUCACGAGCCUUGCAGAGAGGUUGUCUAGUUGUUAUUCCUAGACCUUAGAGUGGAUGGCAUUUACUGUUAACAGAGGACUAUAUUCUGCAUAAGUCAAGACUCACAACCUGGAUUAAUGUGUGAAAUCAUACUAAUCAUUGUCAGCACUUAGAUCAAAACAUUCCACACAAAACUAACUGUACCUCAGGCCAACCAUAUAUUCACAGUACAUACAACUUGAGUAUUGCCUGCUUUCUACCACCAAUUUGCUGAAUGUAUCAUUUGAGCAACACAGAGACAGGAAUUUCACAGUAGUUUGGUCACUCAAGUCUCUAAUAUGUGUUUGCUACAUGAUAAUAAGAGUAAUAUUAAUCCAUGAGGUGAAACUUAGUGGUAACUGCUUAGUCUUUUACUGACAUAGGAAGAGUAAUCUGGUGAUGCAUGAAAUGUAGAAGUCCUGUGGGAAAGAUUUGGCUUAACUAGUUACUGUGACAAUCAGGUUACUAGCUAAUGCUAAUAAAAGUAUGACAAUUGUUAAGAGCAACCACAGAUAAUUUAAUUGAAUAAAAAUAUAACUACAAGUGCUAGAAGAUUUGAAAUUUUAGAACCACUUUUGUUGUCACUGGUGUCUUAAAAUUGAAGCUUUGAUUUGCACCAAACCAAGGCAGUGUUGUGAGGAUCAAGGAUCAGAAUGGCACUAAGGGACUAGGGAGGUUGAAAGUGAAGCUGCAUCUUAACUUACAUACUAUAUAUUCUAAAGGAUCCAGCCACAGAUUCCUACAAGUCCCUAAAGUUAGUGAGUUGUAAUUAUAGAAUCUCAUAAAUAGUUUGAAGGAACCAGGAACACAAAGGAGAGGAAAAAUUAGUAGCUACAUUCAGGUACAUUUUUGGCAUUUUACUAAAAAGAGCUGCAAAAAAAAAAAAAAAAAAAAUAUCUUGCAAACUGUUUGAAGGUACACAGUGGAGAGGAAAGAUAAGUACAUUUUUUUAGCACUUCAUUGAAAACCAAACCAAAAAAGUGUAGCACAGGUAGCACAGUGCCACCUGGUGUGGCAGCAUAGGUCAGCUCGUGCAGGUCUAGUCUUUGGAGUCGCUGGACGCUUCACUGAUGCGCUGGAGUGUACCAGCUGCUUAGGAGUCAUGUGUAGAUACUCAAACUGCUUGCCCUUUUCUUUUUUAAUAAAGUACAAAAUACAA